GUUGUAUUCCUAUGUCGGCAACUGGGACCCGUUGUACCGCAUGCCUCCGCGAAGGAGAAGCUACUGGUUUCCGACACAUGCGGCCAAGGACCAGCAACCAAGUCCGGGCUUUCGUAGAGGAGGUCGGCAUCGCAAACCAAUUUCCGUCCUUGGGUGAGGGGAAUGUAGGCAUCAGCGCCCUCGUACUGUGUAAAAGUCCUGCUUGCUUGUUGCAGCUGUACAAAAAGCACGAGCAAAGGGCUAACAAGGACCGGAGUUAGAGACCGGCGAGCGCGCAAGGCAGCUCGGACGCCUCGCCAUGCCAAGGUGUGGAGGACUGCUCCUGAAUCACAAACGCACUUGAGGCGUCGAUGGCUUGAUAGGUACUGCACUUCGCCUGAGGGGGUGGAUGCUUUGCUGGGUGCUGUGGAUAUCACGGGAUGCGUUUUGGACAUGUGCGGUGGGCCCACGGACGCCGUCGCGACCCGUCUUCGAUCCACGUGCGAGAUACUCACGAACGACGUGAGCUCGGGGCGUCCAGCGGAUACCAACCUUGACGCAAGCUUGGAGUCAUUCUCGGAAGACUUUCUCGCAGCUUACUCCGGGAAAAGGCCUGAGU